AUGGCAUAUCCGGGAGUUCUUCACCAGUAUUCAACUCAGGUUGCAUUUGAAUUUAAUCCAAGUGGUCACAAGAAGGUUAUCGUCGUCAUUGGUGGCCUCUCCGAUGGACUAUUAACUGUUAAAUUUGCACCUGGUCUUGCUAAAGCGGUUGAAAAGUUGGGCUUUGGCGUUUUGCAGAUUCAAAUGAGAAGCAGCUACAUAGGCUGGGGGACUGGUUCACUCGAUGCUGAUGUGGAAGACAUUAAAAAAUUGGUCGAGUAUUUGAGAUCUCCAGAAGGUGGAUCGAGGGAGACUAUCAUAAUUAUGGGAUUUUCAACCGGUUCUCAAGAUGUUAUGCACUACUUACUUCGUCAUUCAGAUUCAAUUGAAGGUUGUAUCUUUAGUGCACCGGUGUCCGACAGAGAGGGCCAAGAUCCAAAGGAUCUCGAACGGUUGAACCCUAAAGCUCAAGAGCUGGUUGCCAAUGGUCAGGGAAAUGAAAUAUUACCCAGGGAAUAUGCCAAUUACGUCUUUAAUACUCCAAUAACGGCUUACAGAUGGUGUUCAUUGCAUGUAAAAGGCGGUGAUGAUGACUAUUUCUCUACUGAUCUUUCUCAAGAGGUUUUCGCCAGUACAUUUGGUAAACUCGAUAAACCAUUUUUAGUAGCCUUCAAUGAAUUGGACGAGUACGUACCUAAGAAUGUCAAUAAGCCUGAGCAUAUCAAAAGAUGGCAAUCCGUGAGUAACCCCAAAUAUUGGUCCAAGAACUCCGGUAUCGUGAAGGGCUCUACACACACAGUGGCCCAACCCGAGGCCCAACAAGAUCUUUUCCAGCGAGUUCUCGGAUUUUUGGAGGAGUUCUCUUUCUAA